AGUGUAAUUGAUCUACUAAUAGUGUAAUUGAUCACAAGUAUCAAUGGCUUUCGCUAGACUUCUUUUAUUUUUGAAUUAUCUUACUUGUGAGAGGUAACAUGUAUCUGUAAAUUAGUCGAGGUAUGCCCAAGCUUGUCCAAGAAAAACUCCUCACGUUAAUUUUUUAUGAGAGUCCUAUUGCCCUCUAAAAUGGACUAGAAAGACUCUACAACAACAAUAAAAAAUUUAGUAUAAUUCCACAAGUGAGGCAUGGGAAGAAUAGUGCACACGCAGACCCAGUUACAAAGAAGAUCACAGCAGAAUACUUGCUUACAAGUUACAUCCACUACUAUCAGAAACUUUUUCUCACUUUUACUAGCUAUGAAUAGAAACAUCAUAAAGCAAACCCAUGUCUCCAGUCUCUUCUUCCCUUGUGCUUCAGCAAUGUCUCGUUGGAUUUUGGACAAAUCCCUUUGCAUAUCAGAGAUUCUUUUCUUUUCUUUCUGUAAAAAGCUGACUGUUUCACGGAUAAAUAGGUCUGCAUAGAAAAUAGGCACAUACAAUGGUUGUUUAUGUUUAUCAAGAAGUUUUUAUUCUUAAAACAAAUUUGAUUAAGAAUAACAAGAUCUUAACCAUUCCACUAUACUCUCAUGCUGGUACAGUGCAUCAAUAUAUACACAACACAAACAUGUAAUAUUGGUAACUACUCGGGGCUCAGGACGGAUCUUGAGUGCCGCCUACGAAUUCACGUAAAUUUAGUAGCUUUUGUCCAGACCAUAUAUAUAUAAAAAAUUCUACUUAAAUAUCUUUAAAUAUUUAACUGUGAACUCAAUGGUUGUUCUAUACUGCAUUAACUUGAGAUCGUUAUAUAAACUUAUAAACUUCAAAUCCUAAACUUUUGUCUUUGGCUCCAUUGUCUUGUUUAUCAGUUUUAAUUAAAUAAGUUUAAGGCAGGUUUCCCCAUGCUCCUAGGGACUACUAUCUCUCCUACUUCAAUGCUAUAAUUUUUUAUCAUUAUUUCCAUUCCUUCAUUUAUACACCAUUUUGACCAUGUGCCUUCUUCUUCUCCUGUUUCUCUCAAUCAUUCCUUUUCAUAACUAUCUCAAUCCUUCCUUCUUCUUUUUUACCAGUUCUUCAAGUUAAGCUCUUAGUAGUGGCUUCCAAGAAGAGAAGCUAAGUGGUUAUAUAGUGGUGAAAAUUGUGAUGGAAGCAAUUCAAGAAGAUAUGAGUGAAGGGAUUUUGCAAUGUACAAAUCAUACUUACAAGAGUGCCACCCCAGGUGGGAUUUGUGAUUUUUGCCUCCAAGAAAAACUUGGAAAGCUUGUUUCUUCCUCUAUAUCUUCUGCUUGUUUUCCUCCUCCUCAUUAUUCAACUUCAAGUAACUGUAACUAUCAUCGUUUUGGCAAAAUGAGGAAACCAAGUAAUCUAAGAUCAGUUGAAACAUCUUAUCAAGGUGUGCAUAUGUUGGAAGCUGAUGAAGUUGGAGAUUAUAGCCAUAAGAAAAAAGGGUUCUGGUCAUUUCUUCACUCCUCAUCCUCUAAGCAUUCUUCCACAGCUAAAAAAACUGAAAAAACUUCAGUUGGAUCAUCUCUGAAUGGUUCAAUAAGGUCAAGCAAGAACAAAAAGGAAAAGUUUGUUGUGAUAGAGGAGACUGAAAGACCUGUUCAUGUGUACUCAAGAUCCAGAUCUGUUGGCUGUGAAAGUAAAAUCUCAACUGGUUUAGCUGAUUGUACUUUGCGCAGAGUUGAGUCUCAGAGAGAAAACAAACAUAUUGUUUCAUCUUCUUCAUCAUCUUCAUCUUACUGUGUUUCUUCUGAAGAGAAGAAUGGAAAAUUUACAAGGAAGGGCAAGAGUUGGGGAUGGGUUUUAGCAAGUCCAAUGAGAGCUUUUAGCAAGAAAAGGGAUGCCUUGAAAAAGAAUGCUACUCCAAAUUUAGAUGCAAUUCCUUCUUUGUUGACUAAGAGAAACUAGGAAGUUUUUCUAGUGUACAAAAAGUAUAGUUAGCUACUGACACAACUAUACAAGUUUACAUUGUUCUUGUUUGAGCUUUAUGUUUGUUUUCCAGGUUUUAUCCAUGUUUGUUCAAUUCGGAAGCAGCCACUAAUGCUUGGAUUAGGUAGGCUGUCUACGUUACAUCCUUUGGGAUGCAGCCUUUCCUAGGACCCUGCUAAUGCGGGAUGCUUUGUGCAUCAAGUUGUCCCCUAUCCAUGUUUGUUUCUGGUCAUCCUUGUUAGGUGAUCUUUACAUUUUGUCUUGCAGUAGAGUUCUCUUUUAUGCAUUCCGCAUUUGAAACCUGGC